CACAAUCUCAAUCGUCCCCUCCCACGAACCACAGCCUCCGAACCUCCCACGUAUUGCUCCAAUUUGUGCACAUCCUGUAGCUGUGGCGUGUCGUCGUGCAUUCGCUUCUGAACGUGCUGGCGAAUCCUGCGUAGUUUCUGAGCAUUGGGGUGUGACAUGAAGCAAAUAGUGCCUUACUCAUUCCCUUUCGUGGUUUAGUGCCACAUUCAACCCGCAUCAGCUGUCAGUUCAAUCGAGAAAGUAGGGCAAUCAGUUCCACUUCCCUUUCUCCCCACUGCUCAGAAUUUAGGCUAUGUUGUCCAGCCACAUAGCUUCCUCCUCAUGCAGCGGUCUGAGACUUGGGUCUACAUCAUGUCUGAAGUUGAAAGCUAGGAAAGGAUGCGUUCACAGACGGUGUGGAAGUGGGCUUCUACCUGUCCAAAGUCGGCUGCAGGGGAGGAGUUUCAGAUUGCCAAAUGCCAAGAGAGGGGUUCCUCCUCAUAACAGCUUGGGGACAGCCAUUAAGAACUUCAAGUGGCAGGACUUACAAAGCUCCUGGAUUUCCAGCAAUCGGGAGCUUCUCAGUCAUGAUUUUCCGCGAAACUUUUCAGUCCUUGGAAGCCAGGACACUUAUUCUACUAGUAUGGAUUUCAAUGAAGGGUCGUACCGGACAGAGUUCAAUUAUCCUUCGAGUUCAGACUCGCAUUUCCUAGAAGGGUUGAUGCCUAAAAAGGGUAUUGAAGCUAUACAAUUUCUUGAAGAGCAUCCCGAAUAUGAUGGAAGGGGUAUCACGGUAGCAAUUUUUGAUUCUGGAGUGGAUCCCGCAGCCGCUGGUUUGCAAGUUACGACAGAUGGAAAGCCUAAGGUUAUUGACGUACUUGAUUGCACUGGGAGUGGUGAUGUGGAUACUUCUACAAUUGUGACAGCUGAUGAAGACGGUUUUAUUACCGGAGCUUCAGGAGCCCGUCUACAAAUAAACAAAGAGUGGAUAAAUCCAACAGGGGAAUGGAGGGUAGGGUCUAAAUUGGCUUUCUCGCUGUUCACAGGGACUCUCAUUAAUCGUCUAAAGGGAGAGCGCAAGAAAAAGUGGGAUGAGAAGCAAAGGGAGGCAUUAACUGAGGCUCUUCGUCAGCUUACAGAAUUUGAUAAGAAGCACCUCAAACCAACUGAGCCAGCGCUCAAGAAAGCUCGAGAGGAUCUUCAGAAUCGAGUUGAUUUUAUUCAGAAACAAUCGGAUGUAACUAUUUUUUACCUGAGUUACGAAGAUAAUGGGCCAGUUAUUGAUGCAGUAGUAUGGCAUGAUGGAAAUUUGUGGAGGGCUGCAUUAGACACUCAAGAUAUGGAAGAGGAAAGCGGACUUGGAAAGCUUGCAGACUGUACUCCUCUAACCAAUUACAGGAUGGAGCGGAAGUAUGGGGUCUUUACCCGAAUGGAUGCCUGCACAUACGUAUUAAAUAUUUUUGAUGAUGGCAAUGUUCUCAGCAUCGUCACAGACUGCUCCCCACAUGGGACACAUGUUGCAGGAAUCACAGCUGCCCACCACCCGGAGGAACCACUCUUGAAUGGAGUAGCACCAGGAGCUCAAAUAGUCUCUUGCAAGAUUGGCGAUACGCGACUCGGCUCAAUGGAAAUGGGCACUGGCCUAGUUCGCGCCCUCAUUGCAGUAGUUGAGACAAAAUGUGAUCUUAUAAACAUGAGUUAUGGAGAGCCGACCUCAAUGCCAAACUAUGGUCGUUUUAUCCAACUAGCUGAAGAGGUGGUAAACAAACAUGGGGUGAUAUUUGUGUCUAGUGCGGGUAACAACGGUCCAUCACUUACAACGGUAGGUGCCCCAGGGGGCACAUCAUCAAGUAUCUUAUCCGUUGGGGCAUACGUGACUCCAUCAAUGGCUGCUUCAGCUCACUCUUUGGUUGAAACUCCCACAGAGGGCGUCCAGUACACCUGGUCAAGCAGGGGACCAACAGCAGAUGGGGAUAUCGGUGUUACCCUGAGUGCACUGGGUGGGGCAGUUGCACCUGUGCCCAAAUGGACUCUACAACCACGCAUGUUGAUGAAUGGUACAUCUAUGUCUUCUCCCUGUGCCUGCGGUGGCAUUGCACUGGUUCUUAGCGCUCUCAAGGCAGAAGGACGUAAAAUCAGCCCCCACGUCGUGAGAAAAGCACUCGAAAACACUGCUGCUCCGGUCCAUGACGUGCCUGAAGAAACUCUCACAAUUGGUCGUGGUCUCUUACAAGUUGAUAGGGCGUAUAAGUAUUUGCAAACUUGCGAAGAACUUCCACCCGUGCAUUACACAGUGGAAGUUGGUCGUGGCCCUAACACAGGCGUCACUUUUCGAGGAGUGUACUUGCGGGAGGCGUAUGAUUGCCGACAAGCAAGUGAGUGGAAUAUUACUGUCAAGCCCCAAUUUCCUGAGGAUGCUGAUAACCUCAAUCAAGUGGUGCCUUUUGAGGAACGUGUGAAGUUGGAGAGUGGGAAUCUAUCCUGGCUCAAGUGUCCUGAAUAUCUAUUACUCACUAACAAUGGGCGCUCUUUCAAUAUUGUAGUGGAUCCAACUGGCUUGAAGGAUGGACUGCACUACGCAGAAGUUGUGGGUGUCGACUCUGAGGCACCAUGGCGAGGACCCCUUUUUAGAAUACCUGUGACCAUAUGCAAGCCUCUUGAGUUAAAAACAUCGCCACCAGUAGCGUCUUUUUCAAAUUUGUCAUUCGUUCCAGGGGCAAUUGAGCGAAGAUUUAUUUCCGUUCCAGAGGGCACAACUUGGGCGGAAGCUACCCUCAAAAUGGCUGGCUUUGAUACUCCACGAAGAUUUUAUGUGAAUGCUGUGCAGCUUGUUCCCAAGCAACGGCCAUUUGUGUGGUCCAGUUUUGUGAACUUCCAAUCGCCAUCAUCAAAGUCAUUUGCAUUCCCGUUGAUAGGAGGAGUAACCAUGGAACUCACUAUUGCUCAGUUCUGGUCCAGUGGUAAUGGUAGUCAUAUACCAGCUACUGCAGAUGUAGAGAUUGAGUACCAUAGUUUACUUGGUGUUAAUAAUGAGGUACUCAUUAAAGGUAGCGAGGGUACAGCUCGGGUGGAUGUAAAAGCAGCUCUUGGCUCUGAAACUUUAGCUCCAUCUGCCACUUUGAAAAAGGUUCGUGUCGCAUAUCGUCCUGUGGAGGCAAAGGUUGCGCCUUUGUCAGCCUUAAGGGAUAAAUUGACUGAUGGGAGACAGAUAAACGCUCUCACGUUGACAUAUAAAUUCUCACUUGCAGAAGGUGGCAAUGUGACCCCAAGGAUCCCCAUUUUGAAUGGGCGCAUGUAUGACAAUGAAUUCGAGUCUCAGUUCUACAUGCUUUGUGAUUCCAACAAGAGAGUACUUUCGAUGGGAGAUGUCUACCCAGUAGGUGUAAAACUCUCCAAAGGAGACUAUACUUUGUUACUCCAUAUCAGGCAUGACAACAUGAAUCAUCUAGAAAAGCUGAAGAAGGCAGUCCUACUCCUUGAUCGCGAUCUGGAAGAUAAGAACUCAAUAAAGCUGGGUUUUUCAUCCCAUAUCGAUGGGGUUAUAACCGGAGGUGGACCCUUCAAAAGUGCUCUUCUAGCUGCUGGAGAAACACGGCCCUUCUACAUUGUUGCGCCAACUGAUGAUAGGAUACCUAAGGAUGCAACCCCAGGUUCUUUGUUGUUGGGUGAGAUAUCGUAUGGGGAGGUGUCGGUUGGGAAUAGAGGUGGUAAUGGAGGAGCAGCCUGCCCUUCUAAGGCGAGAAUCACAUUUGUUGUGCCCCCACCACCAAAGAGUGAGGACAAAGCAAAAGAAAAGGAAGAUGGAGUUAAGAAGAAUGUUUCUGAUACUUUGGAGGAAGAGGUGAGAGAUGCAAAAAUCAAAGUUCUUUCUAGCUUUUUGUUGAGUACAAAGGAAGAACGAGAAGAAUGGGAGAAGCUGGCGGAGUCAUUCAAGGCUGACUAUCCUAAGCACCUCCAACUUAUGAUAGAGAUAUUAAACAAGGUGUCUGGGUUACAAGGCAAAGAAGAGGAGAAGUUCAGUGUUGUCAAGAUUAUUGAAGCAGCUGAUGACGUGAUUCGCCUAGUGAAUACCGAUAGUCUUGCAAGACACUUUGCUAUGAAAUGUGAAGCUGAAGAUGCUGAUGCUGCGAAAGUGAAAAAGGAGAUGGAGAAACAACGAGAUGCAUUAGCAGAUGCGUUGUACAAGAAGGGGCUUGCUCUCAUCCAACUUGAAGAGGAUCGAACAACUCAGCAGAACGAGAAGUCCCUUGAAGUCUCAUCAACUUCGUCUACUGAAUCUGAUACACCAGAUGCAGGCUUUGAUAAAGAAAAGGCAGCAGAACAAAGUGAGAAGGUGGAACCUCCAUCUAAUGUAUCAUCUCCUUCGAAGCCAGAAUCUAGCUCUGAGAUGUCUACCUCAACAACUGAUGAGUUGGAACAGACUUUUGCCGAACUACGCAAGUGGGCUGAUACUUCCUCCUCCAAAUAUCUUUUACUAACUGUGAAACGGGAAAAGCGUGUUGGUCGUCUCGGAAGUGCUCUGAAGUUCUUGGGUGAUCUGAUCCAAGACGAGAGCAUGCCACCUCAGAAGAAUUUGUACGAGAUUCGCAUCCAACUCCUUGAAGAAAUUGGAUGGUCACAUUUGGCUGCGUAUGAACGCAAGUGGCUGUCUGUGCGCUUCCCUACUUCAUGUCCCCUCUUCUAGUUCCUGCAUUAUCUGCAUCUCCGAUUGAGUUGCAAUUGAGCACAAUCCGAUUUUGAAGAGGGGAAUGAACGCUGCACAAUUCUUUGUUGACAUAACCUCAGCAGUGUGACACUUAGGUGAUGGUCAAACAGAAGUGAGGUGCCAUAACAAGCUGUUGUAUGAGCAGAUGCUUACGGUAAUAAAGUUUGUAUGCUAAUUCAAACA